ACGUCAGAAAAGGUAAACAAAAAGAAGUGUUUUUUCCACUUACCGAAAAGUCGCAAUUUUCCAUGAAAAUGGAUCUUAAGGAUGUGCGAGGCAAUAUGAGAGGCCUUAAGAAGUGUCCGUCUUGCUUCAAAUAUAAUGGCCUUCGCGCGAAAGGGUGCAGAAAUCGAGAUUGUGCCCUCAAUUUGAAGAACAAAACACAGAGUUCCACGAUGCUGGAUGCCGUGGCGCUCCUGGGACAAGGAGACUCUCGUCUGUUCAGCGUAAAGACACGAGAGAAGUGUUCUGAAAGUGUGGACACUCGUAGCUUCGUGAAGAUCACGGAUAAAGUAGUGGAAUCUGAUGCGACAGCAUCCAUCAUCCACAGGAAUGCAAUUUGCUUCGUGGACACUUGCAAGUACGACUCCAAGGAUCACGAUGUGACGUGCAAACACGUGAAGGAGGCCAGCGAAACGGCCGUGGAGGCGAUUGGGCUGAGCAUUAAGAGGGAGACUUUCUACUCUAUCACUGUAAUUUCUGACGCUGAGAAGCAUUCGCAGUGGCAAGAAGUUGUCGCCUGCGCAGCCUCUCCAGCUGUUCAGAGGAUCAACAAGAAGAUCUUCGUGGUGAGAUGUGAAGGCACAGCGACGGGAUAUGUGCACUGUGAGCUAUCGAGGGAUGACGCGGGUGCUCCAAUGUACUCGUGCAGCUGCAAAGUCAUAAAGAUUCUCCUCGAUCUCAACACGAUUGUCAUGGAGAAGGAAGUUUGCCGGCACAUGAUGCUGCUGUCGGCUGCCCUCAACAGUGAUUCUCGCCUACAGAAUCUGUACAAGCAACACCUGGACUUGUGGAAGCACAUCUACUCAACCUUCGAUCGCGCAAUCUAUCAAAUUCCCAGUGCUUCCAUGGACACGGACAUCGCGGAUCUGAGCACAGAGAUUGAGUUCAUCUCUGACCCCACGAGAGAUGAGUUCUGCACGGGUGACAGUGGAGGGAACUGGCAAAACUCCCUGGACAACUUUGUGAUCAACAAUAUGGAGCUACAAGACUGUCAGAUCGAAUUGAUGGAUGAUUUCCAACUGACUGACCAACUCGAUCUCUGCGCUGAUGAUUUGAUUGAUCCUCUGAACGCGCCCACUUCCACUGGCCUUCUGGACACCAUUGUGCCUCCCAAUGAUCAGAUCCACUUCCAGACAAUUGAGCUGAGAAUGAAGAAUCCCGAACCUAGUCAAGUGAGAGAGUCACAAGCAAAGAGGCGCAUGCGGAAGAUCUUCCAGAGAGCCAAGCUCACGUACGAUGUUCAGGAGAUGGAUCGCCAUGUGGCCUUCGAACAGUGGCUGGCUUCCGUUGUGGAGCGAAUAAAUUUCUCUCCAGACUAUAACGAUGUGUCUCACCUAGUGAGGCUGACGUUCAGCGCGCACAGCAACUUCUUCAAUUGCCUGCACAUGAGAUUCUCAAAGGAUGCCUCAAAGAGAAAACUCCCCAACAAGUGCGAAGUGAUCAACAGCGGCCCUCAUGCUGGCUUGGUGACCAAUGUCUUUCACUUCUCCAGCAAAUCCGAGAUCGUGAGGAUAUUCUCCAAUGAAACUGUGAAGUUCGAGAUCGAGAGAUACUUCAAGCUGUCGUCCAAUAAGUAUGUGCCAAUGAGUGAGCAGGACUUGCGUCAGCAUCUUGAGGUCAAUCACAAUGGAAAUGAUGGAAAGUGGUGUCCCGUGAAGCCGACAGAGUACAAGACGUUCAUCAGGAUGAGCAGCAGUCACUGCUUCACAAUCAAGUGGACCGCCGACACUCUGCCGCGCAGCAAUCAUGGCGAGAUGGUGAUCGAAUUCGCGGUGGGGCGCAUGAAGAAUGGCCAGCAAAUCCCUUGA